AUGACUAGCAUAUCUUACUUGUACAGCUCUCCAGACUUGAUCAACUACUUCAAAGAGACUAUUAAGAAUAUUGAGACUGUGGUCUCCCAAAUGGAAGAAGAAACUGUGGAAGACAAUCCUACGAAAGACCGCCGGGCCAUCGAUCUGGCUAAUGCCGUUCAAAUCAAACAGAUCCAAGAACAAAUUGCCAGUUAUUGCGCCAAAAGACAUGUCCUUGACUCCUUGGUCCCUGACGCGUUGGUGAUUUGGAAUAUUUGCAGGGUCCGACUUGGAAGAGAUCCGAUUCGCAUAGCAAGCUGGGCACCUAUAACUGCAUCUAGCACCCCCUCAAUGGGAAGCUUGGCUACCAAGAAAUAG